GGGCUGGAGCCGACUCUCCGGGGGACCCCGAGGACGCGGACCCGCCAGGCGAGCCUCCCGCCCAGGGCGCGGAGAGCGGCGGCCCGGCCCGGCCCGUCGACCGCGCUCAGCCCGCCAAAGUGCUCACUUUGGACAUCUACUUGAGCAAGACCGAGGUGGCCCGGGCGGACGAGCCGGUCCCCAGCGCUCCGGGGCCCGACGACGGCGACGAUUCGGACGACAUGGAGAAGAGGUCGAGCGGGCGCCGCUCGGGGAGGCGGAGGAAGUCUCAGAAAUCCUCCUCCGACUCCCCGGGAGCGGACGCCGCGGCGCCCGAGAGCCCGGCGAGGGACGACGCGGUGUUCGACGACGAGGUGGCGCCAGACGCGGCCGCCGGGAACGGCCCGGCCGAAAGGAAAGUGAAAUCGGCGCCCGCCGUUCCCGACGGGGGCGCGGCCUCGCUCGCCGGCCCCGAGCCCAGGGCCAGCGCCGCCGGCCCCCGAGGGCAGCUUCGCGGGGACCCGGAGCGCGGCCGGCAGCCGCCGCCCGCCGCGUCCCCCACCAAGCGGAAGGGUCGCAGCCGGGUCCCCGAGGCGGUGCCCGCAGCGCCCAGCCCCUGCCCGCGCGCUUCCGCCAAGGAGUCCCCACCCAAGCGGGCGCCCGCCGCGGCGGACGGCGGCGAGGAGGCGGGCCGCGUCGUCCCGCGCGAGCUCACGGUCAAGAGCAGCUCGCUGCUGCCCGAGAUCAAGCCCGAGCACAAGAGGGGGCCCCUGCCCCACCACUUCGACGGCCGGGGCGAGGGGGGCCGCAGCCGAGAGCCGGGCAGGGGGACGGGGGCGUCUGACGCCGACGGCCUGAAGCCCAGGAACCAUUUCGGCGCGGGCAGGUCGACAGUCACCACCAAAGUGACCCUCCCUGCCAGACCCAAACAUGUGGAACUAAAUCUGAAAACCCCGAAGAAUCCUGAGAGUUUGGGAAAUGAGCACAAUCCGUUCAGCCAGCCAGUUCAUAAGGGAAACACUGCCAACAAAAUCUCCUUGUUUGAAAACAAGCGGGCUAACAGUAGCCCCAGACACCCGGAGGUCCGUAGCACAAGGAACAAUCCUCCCUCUAGUAAAACAUUUGUUGGGAGAGCUAAGCUGAACUUAGCCAAAAAAGCCAAAGAAAUGGAGCAACCUGAGAAGAAAGCCUUGUCAAACAGCCACCAGAAUGGCCUACUGGCCAAGGAACCAUCUGCAGAAGCCAAAGGCUCCGAGGGCCCUAUUCCCAGAGAAGAGAUUCUUCCAGCAGCCCAAGGAGGGGGAGGAGAGCCCACUGCAGAGGACCAGGUCCUCUGCCCGGAGCCUGAUCAAAGUGAUAAGCCAGAUGUGCAAACAGAUGCUGCCUGUCCACAGCCAGUGCCCACUGCUCUGGCUCCUGGGAAGGACCCCAAGAACUCAGGAGAGCUCUCAGAGGCUGCUGACAGCAAAAGCCUCAUCCUUGACAGCAUGAGUGCUACCACACGGGACGUCCCUGUCAUCUGUGAUGCCAGAGAGUCUCCUUCAAAGCCACAGGGGGCAUUUUCUGACUCACAGCCUGCAUCUGAGUCAUCCAGGGAGUCUUCUCAGCCGCCUUCUGCACCCAUUCCUGUGGACGCUCUCCAAGAUGGCUGUGCUCAAGUUCCCAUCCGCUGUGUUCCGUGCACUGAUGUAGAAGUGCCAGAAAGCCACAAUGGAUGUGUUUCGCCUGUGUCUCCUCACACUGAGAAAAUACCAGUCUCCAGACAGGGACAGGGCGAAGCAAGCCCUCCUUCAACCCCAGAGCACAGCCCAGAGACUGUGAGGAACGAGUGCCCGUCCAAGGUUCUUGUCCAGGUCCGGUCCUUUGUGCUUCCUGUGGAGAGCCCUCGGGAUGUGAGCUCUCAAGUCAUCUCAGAAAGCUCUGAGGUUAGAGAGGUGCAGCUGCCAAGCUGCCACAAUAGUGAGUUUGAAGUGGUUUCUGUUGCCACCUGUGCUCCGCAGCAAGAGGCCGUAGCCGGCACAUCACCUGAGCACACUCAAUGCAGAGAGGAGCGUGUGGCACAGUCUCACCCACAGGUCGUACAGCUGGGACCCGAGAAGGUUCUGCCGGUCCAGGCUCAAAGUCAGAGCAGUGGGACAACCCUGACAGCCGAGUUCAGCCCUGUCCCCUCUCCCAGCAGCAAAAGUCAUCCAGAAAGUCCCCAGAGGCCAGGUCAAAAUGUGACCUGCCCCAAUACCCCAACCAGUCUUCUGAACGUUUCUGCUAAUAGCGAGGAUAGUGUCUUUGAUUCUUCUUCUGAUAUGGAAAAAUUCACUGAAAUUAUUAAAAGCAUGGACAGUGCCAUAUGUGUGCCCCAGAAAAAAAAGAAGCCCAGGGUCCCCAACUCCCCAGCCCCUCACUUCGCCAUGCCUCCCAUUCAUGAGGACACUUUAGAAAAGGUGUUUGAUCCCAACGUUUUUACCAUUGGUUUGGGGAAGAAGGAAAGCCAGCCAGAGAUCUCACCUGCCUCGCACUUGUUGCAGAACCACGAUCCUAUGUCCAAACUGAGAGCGAAACGUGCAUCUACCGAACAGAGCAUCCUCUUCAAGUCCUUGCACGCCAGCACGAAUGGGAAAAGUGAACCUCAGGCACCUUCAGAAGUAAAUGACAAAGAGAACCGGGACAUCACCAACGGUGGAGUGAAGAGGUCACGGCUAGAAAAAAGCGCCCUUUUCUCAAGCAUGCUCUCUUCUCUGCCGCAAGACAAGAUCUUUUCCCCGUCUGUGACGUCCGUCAACACUAUGAGCACAUCUUUCAGCACUUCUCAGAACAGCUCCGCAUCUCAGCCCUCAGCGGUACAGCCCAGGAAGGAGGGUGACCCGCCCUGUGGCUCAGACAGAGAACAGCCACAUCUUGCACCCCACAACUCCUUAAAGGUCUUCAAUUUCAACUCCUCCAAUACAUCUCCUCUGGGUUUGAAAAGUCCAGGCCACAUGGAAAAGUAUCCACCGAAAGAGGAAACCAAGGAUGAUCUGAAUUCUCGGAGCAACCUGCACUUGCCAGAAACCAAACUUUCUGACUUACCCAAGCUGAAGACCAAGGAUGACAUGGAAAAGCCUAACCUUGUCGGAAGCGUUCCUAAGUCAAACCUGCCCAACUCUGGGAGCACUGAUACGGAUUUCCUGGGUCUUUUCAAAGCAAGCCGGUACGACCCAGGCCUUUCCUUUUCUGGAAUGUCAUUAUCAGACCCUGCAACUCUCAGAGGAAGUGUGCCCAAUAAACUCAAUCCCCGGCCUGGGAAGGUAGUGAUAUUCAGUGAGCCUGACGUCUCUGAGGAGUGCAUCGAGGUGUUUGGAGACAUUCAGGACUGCAGCUCUUGGCGCCUCUCUCCAGUGAUACUUGUGAAAGUUGUCCGAGGAUGUUGGAUUUUGUAUGAGAAAGCCAAUUUUGAAGGGCACUCCCUCGCUCUAGAAGAAGGUGAACUGGAACUCUCUGGUCUCUGGGGCAUGGAGGAUAUUUCAGAUGAAGAAGCAGAGUCUGACAAACCUGUAAUCAUUGGUUCCAUCAGGCACGUGGUCCAGGAUUAUAGAAUUAGUCAAAUUGACUUGUUUACUGAGCCGGAAGGGCUAGGACUCCAGACGUCCUACUUCGAUGAUACUGAGGAAAUGCAAGGCUUCGGCGUGAUGCAGAAGACGUGUUCCAUCAAAGUGCACUGGGGCACGUGGCUGAUCUACGAAGAACCUGGAUUUCAAGGUGUCCCCUUCAUCCUGGAGCCGGGGGAAUACCCUGACCUGUCCUUCUGGGAUACCGAAGAAGCGUACAUCGGAUCCAUGCGGCCUCUGAAAAUGGGUGGCCGCAAAGUUGAAUUCCCUACAGAUCCCAAGGUGGUUGUUUAUGAAAAGCCUUUCUUUGAAGGAAGGUGUAUGGAGCUAGAAACAGAAAUGUGUAGUUUUAUCACGGACGGAGGUGAAACGGAAGAAACAACUGGAGACGACCACCUGCCCUUUACAUCGGUGGGGUCUAUGAAAGUUCUAAGAGGCGUGUGGGUUGCGUAUGAGGAGUGUGGCUUCACUGGUCACCAGUAUUUGCUGGAAGAGGGGGAGUACAGGGACUGGAAGGACUGGGGAGGCUACAGCGCAGACCUGCAGUCUUUACGACCUAUAUUAAGUGAUUUUUCAAACUCUCACAUGAUAAUGUACAGUGAAAAGAACUUUGGCUCCAAAGGCUCCAGUAUUGACGUCUUGGGAAUUGUUGCUAACUUAAAGGAGACUGGCUAUGGAGUGAAAACACAGUCCAUCAAUGUGCUGAGUGGCGUGUGGGUAGCCUAUGAAAACCCGGAUUUUACGGGGGAGCAAUAUAUCCUCGACAAAGGCUUCUACACCAGCUUUGAGGACUGGGGAGGCAAGAACUGUAAGAUCUCUUCCGUUCAACCCAUAUGCUUGGAUUCUCUCACUGGUCCAAGGAGACAAAAUCAGAUUCACUUGUUUUCAGAACCACAGUUCCGAGGUCAAAGUCAGAGUUUUGAAGAGACCAUAAAUCAAAUUGACGAUUCAUUUCUGACUAAGUCUUGCAGAGUUCUGGGAGGCAGCUGGGUUGCUUAUGAUGGAGAAAAUUUCUCUGGCAAUCAGUAUGUGCUGGAAGAAGGCCACUAUCCUUGUCUCUCUGCAAUGGGAUGCCUGCCUGGAGCAACCCUGAAGUCUCUUCGCUUUAUAGAUGUUGAAUUUUCUGAACCAACAAUUAUUCUUUUUGAAAGAGAAAACUUCAAAGGAAAAAAGAUUGAACUGAAUGCUGAAACAGUCAAUCUCCGAUCCAUGGGAUUCAACACUCAGAUACGCUCUGUCCAGGUCAUUGGUGGCAUAUGGGUUACUUAUGAAUAUGGCAAUUACAGAGGCCGACAGUUCCUGCUGUCUCCUGCAGAAGUACCAAAUUGGUAUGAGUUCAGUGGCUGCCGCCAAAUAGGUUCUCUACGGCCCUUUGUUCAGAAACGAAUUUACUUCAGACUUCGAAACAAAGCAACAGGGCUGUUUAUGUCAACCAAUGGGAACUUGGAGGACCUGAAGCUUCUCAGAGUCCAGGUCAUGGAAGAUGUUGGUGCUGACGAUCAGAUUUGGAUCUAUCAAGAAGGCUGCAUCAAAUGCAGGAUAGCCGAAGACUGCUGCCUGACAAUUGUGGGCAGCCUCGUGACGUCCGGCUCUAAACUGGGACUGGCCCUCUAUCAAAACGCUGACAGUCAGUUCUGGUGCAUGAAGUCGGAUGGCAGGAUCUACAGCAAGUUGAAACCGAACUUGGUCUUGGAUGUGAAAGGGGGUGCGCAGUAUGAUCAAAACCACAUCAUCCUCAACACAGUGAACACAGAGAAGCUAACACAAGUGUGGGAAGCCAUGGUCCUGUGAACCUGAACCAAGAAUGUAGGAGGAGCAUUUCCUGGGGAUUUCCUGAAGAAAAACAAAACUACAGAGCUGAUGGAGCAGCCAAGUAGAAAGUGGACUGAAGGCCAUGACAGGGAGAAUUAUCUUUUCAAAGACAUUUGAGGAUGAAGCCAAUAGUUUAAUGUUCUUGUUUCUUGCCUUGUAUUGUCUCAGCAGCUCCUUAAACAGGCUGCUCUGGCAGCAGCUUUUGGGUGCAGAUAUUUGAAGAUCAAUUAUUUCCAGGGACAGGAGGGGAUACACUGGAGUGUGGACAUACGAUUCCCUUAGAGGGAAGGAUGAAAGGCCAAGCUGGUUCUUCAGAAGACUUUAGCACUGGAGGGUGUUGCCAGACUUCUGAUCCAUAACUUUAACAUUUUCCAGGACCAUUUGUACUGGAUGGCAGAGUAGGAAAGCCCUACAUGCCCAUAUUCCAAGGAGUUUAGCAAGUAUAAACAAAACACUAUUCAAAGGAAUAAAUUUGCAAAAUAAAUGUUGAUGUCUGCUCAUGAGCAGAACUUGGGUUAUUUUAAUUCACCUGUGGACCACCCUUGAGUAGCUACAGAUAGUUUAAUGCCUCCCUUGCAGCUGCUAUUGGGACAGUAUUAUGGCCUAAUUUAUUAACCCAAGCUCUGCCAUCCACAUCUAAUGCUGAAAGCCAUAUUCUAUAAUUCUGGCUAAACUCAGACCUUUCAGCCUAGCUUCUCCAGGGCUACCAGCAGGAGGACUGCUUCAGAUCUGAGGACACCCGGGACCUUCCUUCAGGCAGCAGAGAUGUGCAAAGCUCCUAAGAGGACUAACAGUCUCUCCCAGUGAGGAUGAUUCCAGGGGCUCUGUGCAGUGUUAGUUCUCAGAGGGACCCAGGCCUCAGCGGGCAGUUCAGGAGCAACUGCUGCGAUCUGCGAUCCACUGGCCCAGGCUCUGCUACUCAAACAGCACACUGUCCUGUUGAACAAAACUGUGCUGUUUCCUUGAACUCCUCAUCCUCAUUUUGUCCUCAUCACAACACUGGUGCUCUUGUCAGAGGUUGAACAGAUCCUGCUUCCUUUCACCUGUUCAAGCCUGCUCCUCUCUGGAACCAACGGAGACAAGCAUGCUCAUCAGAAUAGUUUCUCUGCAGUUUAAACAAUAUUUGCACAAACAACGGCAUCUGACAUGUCUGUCUUGUUCUUGUAUGUACUUCUCUGACUGUAGGCCUUUUGUGUAUGUCACUAUAGUACAGUAGGGUAGGAUAGCCUAUAAAAGCCUAUUUGGUUUUAUCUCUUGAAUAAACUUAUUUCUGCUUAA